AUUCCUAACUUAGGAAAUACGAUCACACGAUCUUGUUGUUUUUGUUUCGGAAGAAAACUUAUUGUCCUCAACAAAUUGUUGCAUUAUUCUAAUUUCGUAGUUCUGCAGUAAGUAGGAUAUAUUUUCCGCAGUAACUUUAUUAUUUAUCAAUUGUACUUCAUAGAGGUAGGUAAAAUGGAACCAACGGAACAGAAUUUGUUGGUUGUGGUGAUGGACGUAAAUCCGGCUCAAAAAUAUGUGAGGAGUGACAUCAAAUCAUUUUUCCAUGUCGUUGAUUCCGUCCUCACAUUUUGCAACGCACAUCUCAUGCUCCAUGCGGACAAUAAGGUCUGCAUUAUUGCAUCUCACGUCAACCAAAGUCAUUUUCUUUAUCCAUUGGAGAUCAGGCCUGGCCAGCAGAGCAAAGUGACGAGGCAGACAGAUGGCCAGCACGAAGUAUUCUUAGAAUUGGAGCGUUGUGUUCGGAACCAAAUAAAAAGGUUAAUCAUGGACGAAUCGUUUGGAAAAUUUGACUCCUCUGCAGCCGUGAUUGGGGCAAACACUGCGACCUGUUUGGCCAGUUCUUUGAGCAGAGCAUUGUGCUACAUUCAUAGGAAAGACAAAGAAACUCGACCAGGGGAGAAACUAAAUUCUAGAAUUUUGGUGGUCUCUGGCAGCUCAGAAUCAACUGCACAGUAUAUGGCUUUUAUGAAUGUAUUUUUUACUGCACAAAAACAGGGUGUCAUAAUUGAUGCUUGUGUAUUGGGAUCUUAUGCAACGCUUUUAAGUCAAGGGGCGGAUAUCACAGGAGGAAUUAAUUUACGCCCCCCACACAUAUCCGGAUUGCUACAAUACUUAAUGUGGGUGUUCCUUCCUGAUGUAACUUUAAGAAAACAAUUGGCCCUUCCACCACCGGAUCCUGUAGAUUAUAGGGCCGCAUGUUUUUGUCACAGGCAACUAAUAGACCAAGGACACGUUUGCAGCGUUUGCCUAUCAAUAUUCUGCAAAUUCAGUCCAAUUUGUACAACAUGCAAUGCUGUUUUUAAAGCCCCUCCAAUGGUUUUGCCAAAAGCAAAGAAAAAGCGGCCUGCUGCUGGAAACAUAUAAUACUUCAAAACCGUAGACAAUUAAUUAUUUGCUCUUCUUAUCUUUACAAACAUUUUAUACUUUUGAAUAUCAUUAAAAAAUGUGGUUUGUUUGCCAUCAUACUUCAUAUCAUA